AAUUCAGACUUGGAUAAACUACAAAUAGAAAACAUUGCUCUUGAAGCAAUCUUCAGGUGAAUGUCUGAGAUGACAAAAGUGGUUGGCAUGAUAGGAGAAAGAUUUUUCAUUACAUUUCACUCAUGCCAUUCAAAAUACAUUUAUCCUGUUCAUCUCUGGUAUACAAAGGUAGAGAAAGGGCUAUGCAGCAAUCUGGAUUUAAUGGGGAAACCCAAUAUAGAGCUUUCAGACAUGUUUAUAAUAACUGUUGGUGCCUUGUUAAAGUAAAUUUGACUUUUUCUUGGAUGGAACAACAAUUAUGAAAAGAUACAACUUUUUGAAACAGUUGCUGAUAAAUGUAAUUUAACUGUGUUUUUUCUCUUCAAAUCCAGGUUGCCAUGUAGUUUUAAAGUUUUCCCAAAGUCAGUCAUUAAUGAUUAUUAGAUUAUUAGAAAUAAAGUGUCUCUGAGUAUAUAUUCUCACCAGUAACAUGUGUAAUUAGGUUGUUAAGUUAAACAGCAAAGAUGAAAUUUAGAUACAAAUUAGUAUAUCACAAUGUAUUAAGCACCAUUGCAGCAAUUUCCUUUCACAUAAUUGUUUUCAUGGCCUUCAUUUAUGAUCAGAAGCAUAUCUCAAAACACUAUUUGAAAAAGAGGAAGGAAAAUAUAAACAUCUGAAAAAUUACAAUUUCAGUUUUCAUAUGUUUAUUAAUUUGCUUUAUAACCUGGGUUUCAUUUAAUAAUAUAACUCAAGACAGUAUGCAUAAAUGGUUGCUUCUCUUGCUUUUCCUACAACAACCAUCCUGUGAAAAUAGGCUAGGUUGAGAGAGAAAAUGUCUGGCCUUAAACGAUCCAGCUGGCUUUCAUAUACCAGUUUCUAGUUCAGCACCUUUUAUGGUAUCCCGCCACAUUUUAAAUUAUUAUGAGUCUACUACAUAGUAACACAAGUUUUCAAAUAAAUGAUCAAGAGAGCAACUGCUGUGCAGCCAUGGCCAGUGCUUGCUGUGCUGGGACCAAGGAGGAAAGCCUCACGGUUCCCAUCAGCAAUGGUACUGCUGGGACACUUUCAAACUCUUUUAUGGAGGAAACCCAAGGCUAUGAUGUGGAGUUUGACCCACCGCUGGAAAGUAAAUAUGAAUGCCCUAUCUGCUUAAUGGCUCUACGGGAAGCAGUACAGACACCAUGUGGACAUCGUUUUUGCAAAGCUUGCAUUGUCAAAUCCCUAAGAGACGCAGGUCAGAAAUGUCCAAUAGACAAUGAAAUCUUACUAGAAAAUCAACUCUUCCCUGAUAACUUUGCAAAACGUGAAAUCCUCUCACUGAUAGUGAAAUGUCCCAACAAAGGCUGCAGUCAAAAGAUGGAGUUAAGGCACUUAGAGGACCAUCAGCUACAUUGUGGAUUCGCAUCAGAAAAAUGUUCUCAGUGUCAAGGGAUUUUCCAGAAGAACCAGUUGCAAGAACAUAUGCUAGAAUGUCCCCGGCGGCAAAUUGCCUGUCCAAAUUGUGCCAUGUGUAUGCCUUAUGAAGGAAAAAAGGUUCAUGAUGAAAUAUGCCUUUUGGCAAAUGUCUUCUGUGAAUAUUGUAAUACAGUACUAAUCAGAGAACAGUUGCCUAAUCAUUAUGAUAAUGACUGCCCUACUGCUCCAGUAUCAUGUACCUAUAGUGCAUUUGGAUGUAGAGAAAAGAUGCAGAGAAAUGAUUUGGCACGCCAUAUGCAAGAAUUUACUCAGGUUCAUAUGAGAAUGAUGGCUCAGACUCUUCGGAGCGUCAGUGUUACUACUCCAACUUCCAUGAAUUUUUCUGGAACUUUACCCUUCGACCCAUCACUCUUCUCUCAAGGCAUGCCACCCUCAUGUGAGUGUAGCCCAGAGGUUCAGAACUUCAAGGAGACUAUUCAGCAACUGGAAGGUCGUUUAGUAAGACAAGAUCACCAAAUUAGAGAACUCAUUGCAAAAAUGGAGACACAACAGUCCCAGAUGGGAGAUCUCAAACGCACCAUCCGAACUCUAGAGGAAAAAAUUGCUGAUAUUGAAGCCCAACAAUGUAAUGGUAUUUUCUUGUGGAAAAUUGAAAAUUUUAGUGUGUACCUGAAAGCUCAGGAGGAAGAAAGACCCGUUGUGAUCCAUAGUCCAGGUUUCUACACAGGGAAACCAGGAUAUAAACUUUGCUUGCGUCUGCAUAUCCAGUUACCAAGUGUUCAGCGUUGUGGUAACUACAUUUCUCUUUUUGUUCACACCAUGCAAGGGGACUAUGACAGUCAUCUCCCUUGGCCUUUCCAGGGCACUAUACGUCUAUCAAUUUUGGAUCAGUCUGAAGGAUCUCCAAGGCACAAUCAUGAAGAAGUAAUGGAUACUAAGCCUGAGUUGCUAGCCUUCCAACGUCCUAUGGUCUAUCGCAACCCAAAGGGUUUUGGAUAUGUAACUUUUAUGCAGUUGCAGGCCCUGAAACAAAGAACAUACAUAAAAGAUGAUAUUCUCUUGGUACGCUGUGAAGUUUUAACACGUUUUGACUUAACCAGUCUCCGAAGAGAAGGUUUUCAGCCUCGUAGUACAGAUGGAACAUCAUAGCCUAUUGUCCAGUCUUGAUUGUUAUGUAAUUAUGAAAACCAAGCUUGGUUUAAACAUUAUUUGGCUCCCUAAAGGGGAGCAGCAAAUGAAGCUCCUGUUUCAAAAAGAAAAAAGUGUAGGUCAUGAUGUUAACCAAGGUAGCAAAAUUCUGGUAGUACCAC